AUGUCGGGCACCAACGAGGCUCCUUCGGCACCUAAUGUGAUUGCUCUGUUUUGGUAUCCGGCGUCUCCUUAUGGCAGACGCGUGAAGGCCUACCUGACACUCCGCAAUAUCGACCACGCAGAAUGUAUCCAGCCACCAAUCCUCCCACGGCCUGACCUCGAUGCUUUGGGCGUGAAGUAUCGACGCUCGCCGGUCAUGGCGAUUGGUCGGGAUGUCUACUUGGACACCCGUCUGAUGAUAUCAAAGCUUGAGGAGAUGUUUCCGGCGUCGUCGCAACAUCCUGGGCUUUCGAGUCCGGAGACGAAUGGACUGGCACAGCUGUUGCAGAAGCUCUCGAUUGACGGGAGCAUUUUUCAACAUGCUGUGAGACAGAUCCCUCGAGAUUCAGCUCUGAUGAAGUCACCAGCGUUUCAAAAGGACCGGGCGGGCUUCUUUGGACCGCAGUGGGACUUGGACGAUGCGAGACUUUGGCGACCUGAGGCCAUCAUCCAUAUGCAGCAGUGUUUCGAUAUCAUCGAGUCCUUGUUCAUAGAUGGCAGGAGUUGGGUAGCCGGCACCGAGACAAUAUCACUAGCUGACCUGGAAGGCGUCUGGGUUUUGAAUUGGUUCCUCAACGAUCUUAACCCGACAAAGGAGGUCUUCUCGGAAGAUCGAUACCCAAAGGUCCAUGCGUGGGUCAGACGCUACCGGAACGAGCUUGACGUAGCCAAAGCACGUGUGCGGAAAAGUAUAUCGCUCGGUGGUGCAAAUGCCGUGAGGUUGAUCGUUUCGUCCGAGUUCUCCGACAAGGAUACCUUGGUCGAUGAGAAUGACCCUCUGGACUUGAAAGCAGGCGUGGAAGUAGACUUGUUUCCAACUGAUGGCGGUGGAUUCACACAUCAGGAUCGCGGAAGUCUGAUCAAACUGACCAAGGAGGAAGUCGCGAUCGCGGUGCAAGCGCAGACUGGCGAAGAGAUCCGCAUCCACGCUCCCAGAUGGCAAUUCCGCGUCCGCGCAAUCAAUAAUGCGGCCAGACUUUGA